CACGCCAUUGCUUUGAGCGUGAAAAGGAUCAGAAGAUAAACGUAGGUCUUGAAUUCCUCACUGGCUAUUGAAUCUUGCCAAUCCGGCCAAGAUAAAGAUACUUGUAAAACAACAAAAAGAUGGAAGAGAGUGUUGUUGUGUCGGCGACAGCACCCCAAACAGUCGAAAACAUAUCGCAGGAAAAAACACGAAUUGACGCUGAAGAAAGCCACAAGUCCCCAAACGAGUCGGAGUAUGAUAGUGCAGGAAGUUAUAGUGAUGAAGAACAGGCUAAAGUUAGGUCGAGGACUUCCAGGGAACACACUGAUUCGGAAACUGAAGACAGUGUAGGACUGGAGCGGGAGUCUGGCGAUGGGCAGGAAAGUUUGCCUACCAGGAAAGUAGAUGAUGAUGAGGACAAGAAAAAUCCUCAGUACAUACCCAAAAGGGGCACUUUUUACGAGCAUGAUGAUCGGACAGCUGAUGACGAACAAACAGCUGAUAGUGGAGAACUGGAAAAGGAAAAAGAACAGAAGAAAAAGGUAUGGCAAGACAAGAAGGAAAGGUGGAGUCAUGAUCGUUUUAAUGACUCAGAGCAAGCACCUAAGUCAAGGGCAGAACUUGUAGCUAUCUAUGGAUAUGAUAUUAGAAAUGAGGAGGGCCCUCCUAGAGCUAGAAGACGCAGGAGAUAUGGGCGUGGACCCAACAAGUAUACAAGAAAUUGGGAAGAUGAGGAUGCCUACAGCAAGCCACCUCUUACUCGUAAAAAGAAACCCUUGAGAAAGCCAAAUCAAGGCGAAGACUUCCCGCCCUUAAACCGCUCAAAUAAUAAACAUGACAGUAAUCAAGAAAAUCCGCAAGAUAGUAGAGAUUACGAAGAGAAAACAGAUCAGUACCAAGCUGAAACAAACGGCAACACGAAAGAUUUAGUAUGCGAGUCUUUCCAAUCUCCAUCAGUUCCACCAGAAUCUAACAGAAUGCAGCAACGUGUCGGUUCUGGCCGUGUGGUCAAACCGAAACGUGAAAUUAAGGAUUCAGAUUAUAGAGGUUUUACUACAAAAACGCGUCAAGUUAGGAAUAUGAAAACUGAUCAAAAAGUCGUCCCGAAAUCUUCCAAAAAAGACGAUUUCAUCCAGUCACAAAAUUUUACAAAUAAAAAUAAUAAUAUUCAAGACUUAGAAAGAGAUUUGUCAAAAUUAAAUGUUCAGGAUGGAGUGCAUAAAGGGGGUAAACACGGGGGACAAAGGCAAGGGAGUGUCCCACCAAGACUCCAGUCGGAACAAAAGGGCUCCAAACGGUACAGUUCCAUCAGGCAAAGGUCACUUCCAGAGUCGGCAACGCCACCGUUCUCACAACACUCGAAUUACUAUUCAAAUGAGUUCAACCAAGCACCCAAUCAAGUGACUAUUCAUCAAAACGCACAGAUUCAUCCGUCCACGACUCAAGUUCCCCAAAUUGCGCCUCCUCCUCUUCCCCCCAUUGCCCAGGUCCCUGUAACGGCCGCCCCAAUCUUGCAGGCGCCCCCCCAAUUUGCGCCUCCUUUUGCCCAAGCUCCUCCAUUUUUGCAACCGGCGCCUCCUCCGUUCCUCCCUCAGCAAACUCCCCAAAUUAUCAACUACGUGCCGGGUCAACCACAAUUCUCUCAGGGGUAUCAAGGCUACCAACAACAGUUCAAUCCCGUGACUCAGCCUGAGCUGUAUCAACCCCAGACGGGAAUUACGUACUACUCGACUGAUCAACAGGUCACGCAGAGGGCGGCACCGCUCAAGCGUCCGAAGGCUGCCAUCCCAAUUGUGGCGCCUCCGCCGAUUGAUCUGAAAGGUAGGGUGAAAGAGGACGACGCUUCGUCGAACGAGGGAUAUGUGUCGACUGCUAAUGAUGGACAAACAGGCGAUAGUGGCAGCGCUCCGGAAUCAAAUUUACAGGUGCAACAAUGAUGUUUGCAGUUUCUUGGGUAAUUUUUCAGCGUACGGGAUAUCUGGCUUUUUAUAUUUAAUGAAAUAUCAUAUUCAUAUAUAUAUUUUGGAAAAUCAGUUUAUUAUUUAAUCUAAUCAUUAGGAGCAAUGGAUUUUAAAACAUUAAUUAUUUAUGAGAGUAGCAUAGGCAUGUUUUGUUAUUCAAAUUGUCGAUAUUGAAUGUUAUCAUGGUUGAAAAUAAAAUUGUUAGGUAAUUUUUCUUUUUUUCAGGAUUGAUGCCAGAAAAUAUAGUUUCUUUUAUUAGUUUACAUAUUUUAGCUUCCUAUAUUUAUUCGAUUUAAAAGUUACGGAAAAUCAAUAAACUCUACUAAAAAAAACAUCACUUACUACGUUUAGCUAGUAGAUUAACAUUAACAUUUAAUGUUCUCAUUGAUUUAUAAACCAGACGUUUUACUUUUCGAUGUGUAAAGUUUUUGUAAUACUACAUGUAUUAAACAUUUAAAACAUAUAAGCAUUUUUAAAAUUAUUUAGAACACCAAUUUUUUAUAUGUAUAACUCAAAUAAAUUUAAAACACGCGCAGAUUAAAAUGAGGAGAAAAAAAUUAUCAACGCAUUACGAAGUAGCAGCUGGCUGAUUGAUUUGAUUAAAAAUUCACAAUGCAACUAUUUUUUUAUAUAAUACUUAAUGCUUUUAGUAAUUUUUACAACUAAACUGUAACUGAAAACUGGGACCUUGUAGUGCUUAUUAAUUUAAAUAUGAGUCAAAUAUUUUUCUUUCCGCUAUGUAAUUUUUUGUAACCCAGCAUAUAGGUAUUAAACAUUGAAAAAAUUA